AUGGCCAUUAAUGGAGCAUUAGACCUAAUCAGAAAACAUAAAUUGGAAAAAGUUAUAAUUUUGUCAGAUAGUAAAUCUGCUUUACACGCUUUAAAUAUACCUAAGGAUUUUGGCAAUCCACUGAUUUUCGACAGUAUUAGAAAGAUAGAAGAUUUAAUUAAACAGAAGCAUAAUAUCGAAUUAAUAUGGAUAAGAGGACAUGCGAAUAUCAUCGGAAAUGAGAUCGCGGAUGGGCUGGCCAAAGAUGCACAUAGCACAUCCACGAUUGUAAAUAAUAUUCCUGCAGUAGACCUUAAAGAAAUUGUUACAAAAAAUGGAAUGUCUCAAUGGCAAAAGGUAUUCGAUCAAGACGCACGUUUGAAAGGAAGACUUUACCAAUCGUGUAACCCGAAGGUAUCGAGAAGGACAUGGUUUCAAAAUAUUAAAUGGAACAGGAAAGAAAUAACUUAA